CGUCAACCUGCUAAAGCGGAAGUGAAAGCAUCAGAAAUAGCGGCCAGUGAAAUAAGGAUGUGCAGUGUUUUGUAAAUCAUCGUGUUAAGUCUUUGACACUAUCAAACAAUGAAUGUUUUUAUUUGCGUCGUGUUAGCUCUUGUAAAUGCCGCAGUUGGGAAAAAAAGCGGAGACGAUGAAUGGGUGCAUCUGCCUAAUAAAUGUGAAGUAUGCAAAUUUGUGAGCAUUGAGAUGAAGUCUGCAUUCGAAGAGACGGGCAAAACGAAAGAAGUUAUAGAGACCAACUACCGCUUUUUGGACGAUAAAGGCUCACCACCAAUCAAAUACGUCAAAUCUGAUAUUCGUUUCAUAGAGGUCAUGGAGAAUGUGUGCUCCAGAAUCAUGCAGUACAAUCUACACAAAGAAAGAGAUGGAAGUAAUCGCUUUGCAAAGGGUAUGUCUGAGACAUUUUCCACCUUACAUAACCUCGUCCAUAAAGGAGUGAAGGUGGUCAUGGACAUUCCCUAUGAACUUUGGAACGAAACCAGUGCAGAAGUGGCUGACCUCAAGAAACAGUGUGAUGUGAUGGUGGAGCAGUAUGAAGAAGUAAUUGAGGACUGGUAUAAGGGAAACCAGGAGGAAGAUCUCACCACCUACCUGUGUGAAAAACACGUGCUGAAAGGACAGGACUUGGGUUGUCUUCAAGAGUCCUGGAGUGCGAAAAAGGGGGAUACAGCAGCCAUCGCAGAGGACAAAAAGAAAAAGAAGGGCAAGAAGAACAAGAAGAGCAAAGAUGGCGAGGGCAGUCAGAAUAAAGAGAAGAAGGUGAAGAAGAAGAAGAAAAAGUCCAAAAUUCCCGAGACUGAGAAAAGCAAGCGGAAAACCGAGGAAGCUGAAUACAGCUCGGACGAGGAGAUUCAGAAGAAAGUUCCUCUUGGGCAAGAUAAAACUGAAUUAUGAUGUGUCUCUUUGCAGACUAUCUGUUCAUUUUGUUUUGAUGACUUUUGUCCCCUUGACAUCUAAAUCUCUGAGCAGGUGUAAGUUGACUUUUAGGUUAGUUGUACAAGAAAUAACUUGUUACAUUUUAUUACAUUAAAUGUUACAUUUACUCUGUACAGGAAAGAUGCCAUUAACAGAUCCAACAAAUGGCAGCUAUAAGCAGGUACAUUAUGUGCUUGUUGACCAAUCAAAUCAGACCUUUGAUUCAGACAUUUGCUUGGGUUUACACACAUGCUGGCACAUGGACACGUUUUAAAAAAAACUGCCUCUUGAACUUAACCUUUAGUGUUUUUUGCUCUUUUUCUUCGCCCAAUUCUUGUUUUUUGAAAUGUAUAUCAAUUUGGCUUAGACUUUUUUGGGAGGUGUUAAAAUGACAAUACUCUAGCAAGCCUAAUGUCACCUUGUAUUUUAUUGGAAGAUAUAGCUCACGGUUUGUUUUUGCAUACUUGAAGUGUUAAAUCCAGACACCAUUUUGGUUUGGCUGUCUUUGCAUAUUUUCAUUCAGUAUUGCUAUAUUAAAAUCACACAGAUCUGAGAUAUAUGAGCUUAUUUAAUCUUUUACCUAUUUCAUAAAAACUAUUUUUAAAAGAAUACUUUGUGAUGACACAAAUGCUAAAUGUGUUUUGUGAUUUAACACAUCCCUGCAAUGCAGAUUUUGGACUUGGCAAGUUUAGACUUGUAUUAGCCUAUAAAUUUGUCAGUAAUGUUGUAAUACGGAUAAUAUUAUAAAUCGAGAGAAAGCGGUUUGGCAGUACGAAAGCUGUGACCUUUUUGUUUUUGUUUAACCAAAUAAGGCACGAAGUUUGUCUGAUCUCUUCAUAUUUGUUUUUGCUUUUGCAGUGUUUACAUAUGUGAUGUGGGUUUCCGGGAAUGUUUGAGUGCAGUUUUUCCCUAAUAUUUUUCUGGACAGUAUUGUUUACUUAAAAUGUUUAUCUGAUAUCCAAUGUUGUUUUUUCCAAAAGCUGUGUGAGUGUUAUUGUAAGAGAUUCCACAGGUGUCUGUAUGCCUGCACCCAUUAUUUUGAAUUGUGAACCGUGAAGCAUGUGGACAAAAGUUAUUGACCUGAGAUUGAACUGUAUAUGCAAAUGUAUGGGUGAAAAUAUGCUGGAUGUGUCCAUCAGCUCAUUACUGUGGCUGGUGCUUUUAAUGAGUAUUUUGAUGAAUGGCGAAUAACUGCAGGCGAAUAAAAAAUAAUUAAAACAUGAA